UUUCUCUGUUAGGAAGAAACAGCCUUUCUCAAAAAAGUCAGAAGAGCACAAAAAGUGGAAAAAAAACGUUUAUCGUUUGAGAUUAGUAUAACAGGAAGUUAAACCUACAACUCUGCGUCUGACUUUUUGAGAGUAGAGAUUGAGAAUGAGGGGCAAGAUUCAUCAGAUCAGGAGGAUUAAAAUGAUUUUAUUUGGGAUGCUGAUGCUUCUCUGUACAGCUCCAUCAGCUGUAACUGGAGAUAAUACCGCCUCCAUCCCUGUCAGAGUUGGAGAAGACGUCACUUUACCCUGUAGGAAUGUGAUCAAAAAUCAGCUGAACUGUGACUCUACUUCCUGGCUUUACAGUCCUGGUUUAAGUGUAAGAUCAGAAGAGCUGAUAACACGUGGAAAUAUAAGUAAAAGAAGUAAAAUAGCUAAAGCUAAAUCAGAGAGACUACGUGUUAAAGAGGACUGUUCUCUGGUUAUAAAACAUGUCACACGUGAGGAUGUUGGACGUUACAACUGCAGACAGUUCACACCAGGAGAGCAAGAUUCAGACGCUUUUGUGUUUUUGUCUGUUAUCAGCAUUGACACAGAUUCCACUUCAAGAUUUUACUGUAGUGUGUUCAGUUAUGGAGGCUGUGAACACACAGUUCAGUGGUAUUAUACUGGGGAUGAUCAUGAAAUAUCAGUGACACAUUAUAGCUGCUCAGCCAUUGUAGCAUUCUCAACUCCUGCUGAGAGGUCAGACUAUGGUCGGCUGGUUUGUAAUGUGACGGAUAAGAAGAGUGGACAAACUCUGCAGUGUGACGCCAUCUCUGAGUCAUGUCAGAAAUCAGAAUCAAAAGGAGACACGUCAUCAGAGAAAGAAGGAAACAAUCCUCCACCAUACCCUGAAACACCAGGUCUCAUGCUCAGGUUUAUCAUUGUGUCUGUGGGAUUAGCAGCACUCAUUCUAGCUGUUGUGACUGUCAGCAUAUGGACCAGAAUCAAAGGAAACAAAACCCAGAUUGAUCCUGAUGCUCUGAAACUACACAUUCUUUCUCCUUGAUUGUCAGAGAUGGAGCUGAGGUCACUCUGCCCUGUGAAAACAUCAUCAAUGAUUACCAUAACU